AUGGUCCACCUGUUUCUGGUUCGAAUACAAGUAUGCGUUAUGAUCAAAGUGAUAUGUGCAGCUGCUUGUCGACGUAGCUUAGCUUGGCCGCAGGAUACAGCUUUGCAGGAUCAGUCUAGUGUCCUACCACAUCUCAUGCUCUGUAUAGAAGAGAGGAUCCGUAGGUGCUGGUACAAUUGGGGCACGCUACUUUCACGUUGCGGGGUUGUUUUGAACGGAACAACGGAUUUGGGACGGAACGUUUCAAACGCGCCCUUGCCGGAGUACGUGGGUUGGUUUGACAGUGGAACAACGCCCCUGGACAACUUGGAGCUUGGAUUGCCAGACACAUAGAUACAACCGAAGAGCGUGGCUAA